AUGGCAAGUGCCGCUGUCAUUGCUGCGGUGCACGAUCGUGACUUUCCUCGUUUGAUAGAAUUCCUUCGUAUCGGUGAAUUCACAAUAGAAGAGAGCUUGGGGGGGAACAGUGGGUGGACUCUAUUGCAUUCUGCCUGUUCAAACGGUGAUGUUGAGAUGGCGGAGUUCGCGUUGAACCACGGUGCUGAUACAGACGCCAGGAGGUCAAGCAAUGGAGUUACCCCGUUGCAUCUCGUCUCCUUCAUGGGGCAAGUCCAAGUGACUCAACUUUUGUUGAACCACGGUGCUGGUAUAGAAGCCACGACAAGUGAUGGAGAGACCCCGUUGCAUGUCGCCGUCACCGAGGGGCAAGUCCAAGUGAUUCAACUUUUGUUGAACUGCAGUGCUGAUAUCAACGCCAAGACAGAUGAUGGAAGGACCCCGUUGCACCGCGCGUGUCGCCAAGGCAAUGUCGAGGUGAUUCGAGUCCUUUUAGACCAAGAUGCUGAGAUAGACGCCAGGGCAAAUGAUGGAUGUACGCCGUUGCACUGCGCGUGUCGCCAAGAGGUGAUUGGAGUCCUUUUAGCCUACAAUGCUGAUAUAAACGCCAGUACAAAUGAUGGAAGUACCCCGUUGCACUGCGCGUGUCGCCAAGGCAAUGUCGAGGUGAUUCGAGUCCUUUUAGCCAAAGGUGCUGAGAGAGAAGCCAGGACAAGUGAUGGAUUCACGCCGUUGUGCGGCGCAUGUAUUGAAGGCAAUGUCGAUGUCGUUCGAGUCUUAUUAGUCUACGGUGCUACUAAAGAAACCAAGAGUUGUGGACGUACCCCGUUGCAUUUCGCCUCCGGUAUGGGGCACGUCCAAGUGAUUCAACUUUUGUUGAACCACAGUGCUGAUGUAAACGCCAAGACAGAUGAUGGAAGUACCCCGUUGCACUGCGCGUGUCGCCAAGGCAAUUUCGAGGCGGUUCGAGUCCUUUUAGCCUACGAUGCUGAGAUAGACGCCAGGGCAAAUUAUGGAAGUACGCCGUUGCUUUGUGCAUCUCUUAGUGGCAAUGUCGAUGUGAUUCGAUUCUUAUUGAACCGCGGUGCUAGUAUUUUGACAAGUGCAAAAUAUGGAUUUACACCGUUGUAUUGUGCCGCUCUUCAAGGGCAUGCCGAAGCUGUUCGACUCUUGUUGAAUCGGGGUGCCGAUGUAGAAGCACGGACUAAUUCUGGCCAUACCGCAUUGCAUUCUGCGAGCAAUGAACGAGUGGUUCAAGAAUUGGCCGACCAUGGCGCUAAUAUGGACGCACGAGAUGGAUUUGGGUUCACACCUUUGUAUCAUGCUGCAAAGGACCAUCGCUUGGGAGUCCUGAAAAAGCUUUUGGACAGAGGUGCCGAUAUUGAAGCACAGGACCGUUGGGGACGUACGCCACUCGCUUUUUUAUGCCAUUACGGUUUUGUGGAGGCGGUUCGGUUGUUUCUGGACAGAGGUGCAAAUAUGGAAGCAAGGCCUAUUCCUGGAUUGACUCCAUUGGAUUGGGCAUGUCGUAGUGGUUGUGUGGAGGUCGUGCAAGUGCUUUUGAAUCGCGGUGCCGUCUAUGAGAGACCUAUUGAUGAAAUGACGCCAUUACAUUACGCAGCAAUUCAGCGGCAUAGAGAAGUCGUCUGGCGACUAGUUCGUCGAGACCCAAUUUUGCUAUUGAAUAUGCCCACAGAUUCCCCGCAGGUUCGGGAGACCAAAAGACGACGGCUCCGGUAUGAGCUCUGA